UCUCCCCCCUCUCCAUUUGUAAUUCCAUUCUAGCUUUAUCUUGUAUUCAUAAUGGCCGAUUCCAUCCAGCAGCAGCUGCAGCAGCUGGUGUUACUCUCAGACAGCGUCGGCACAGCUGGCGGGGCAGGGGCCGGCAUUGGUGAGCUGGGCGGCUCUGGCAGCGUCUCCACAGUAGAAGAAGCCAUGGAGCAGCUGGGCCCGCUCAUCCACUCAGUAUACCGCGCCAACAAGCAGAAGCUGUUCCGCCAGCAGGUCGAUCUGUUUGCACAGAAGAAGGACGCGGAGAUCAUGAAACUAUGCGGCAACUACCACCAGGAAUUUGUGCAGUCGGUGGCCCAGCUCCUAAAGGUGCGUCAGAACACGUCGGAGCUGCAGGAGAAGGUGGUUGGCCUGAAUGCCGAAGUGCAGCGGUCAGGGAAGUCGCUGUAUGAGAAGAAGGCACAGCUGCUGAGCCUGCGGCGCGAGCAGCGCAACCUGCAGAAGGCCACGGAUGCGGUCAAGGGCUGCCUGGAAGUGAUGCGCAUGGCUGCCAGCUUCGACGACCAGGUGUCCAGCAAGCAGUACUAUGCUGGUAUCAAGACACUGGGCAGCCUGAAGGACACGUGCCUGCCGCAGGUGCGCCCGUAUAGUUUGGGCCAGAUGCUGGAGCGCGCCAUCCCGGCCAUGGAGGCAAAGCUGCAGGCGGCCGCCAUGCGCGACGUGCGCGACUGGUUCUACGACCUCAAGGCCACGACGCGCGAAAUCGGCAGCCACCUGACUGCGCGCAUGCGCAAGAAGCAGCAGGCGUGGCAGGACCGCGACGCCGGCACGCAGGACCGCUACUACGCCAGCUCGGCGGUGCAGUUUGUGCUUGACGAGGAGUUUGACAGCGAAGAGCCCAUGGCCAUUAGCAUGACGCCCAUGUACCAGGGCCUGCACAUCUACGAGAAGCUUGGCCGCCGUGCCGAGUUCCGCCGCGAGUUCAUUGACGACCGCGCCAGCCAGCUCAGCCUGAUCCUCAACGCCCCUGUGCGGUUCAGCCUGAAUCAGCUCGGCUCGUUCCAGCAGGUGUUGCACGACAUCAUCGGCUUUUUCAUUGUGGAGCACCAGCUGAUUGCGUCGGCCCCCGAUUUCCGCCUGCGCUCGGACGUCGAUGCCCUGUGGGACACAUGCAUAGCGAUGCUGUCAGAGAUCAUUGCCCGCAACGUGCAGGAGAUCAAGUACGACACGAGCAUCCGCGACGCCCUGCAUAGCAUCUGGGCUACCUUCACAUACGUGAUGGAGGAGAACACGUACGAUGUCCGGAAGCUGCGCGAGCUGAUGCAGGCUGUGCUCAGCGAGCCCGAGCGCGAAGGAAUGCGUCCUGACGAGUGAGCACCGGUAUUCUCCGCCGAUCCCCCUCCGACUGGUUUUCUUUAAUAAAAGGCGGAGCCAACACUGCUUGCCUGUCUAAACCCCCAAGACCCGUCCUGGCUACCAGAAAUGGAAGCUCGCACGAAAAAUCAGCACAAAAAGUCGUCUACUAUGCUGGUGACAGGAAUUGGCCGAGGCCAGCUUUUU